AUGUGGUUUCUCGUGGUAGCAGAUGCCCCCCACGUGCGUACAGGCGUUGCUUCAUCACUGCUCGACAACAGCCACGAAGCGACGAAAGUUUACGCUUUAGUGGCACCGGAUCCACCCUCAAAUGCUGUGCUCGGCGGAACUAGGGGCCUGGUGGACGGCACCCACUGGAAGCAACCCUCGUGGUCAGGCAGAGCGUUUCUCUCGCUGCUCAGUGAUCCACCGGCACUGCUUCUCAAUCAGCUGGAAAGAAGCGACAGUGGAAAUUACGUCUGCAACGUCACAUACCGCAGCGAGAACCUUACUUCUGGCGCCAUGACCAUCACCGCAGCUCGCGUCCAACUCUUCGUUGCUGUGCCGCCAACUGAGGUGUCCGUCUGGAGCUGGCCUUACGACAAGCAGGAAGCUUCCGGCUGGGUGAUGCUCGCUGCCCCCACGAGCACCACUGGUAGGGUUGUAGCGGGGCUUUCGACCCAGGAAGGGAAGGUCAAGUCACGUGACUCCCAGGCAGUUGCUUGGUCCACUGUGGAUGAAUCCCAACAGGCCAUGGCCACCGGUUUCUACACCCCAAGAAGCUUCGAGUGCGAGGUGACCGGAAGCCGCCCGCAGCCCAACGUCACGUGGUUCCUGGACGGACAGCCGCUGGACGAUCGCCUAAGCUACACCCUCGUCGAGGGCAACGUCACAACGAGCCUGCUACUCCUGCCGUUCUUGGAGCAUGCGGGAAAGCUACUCGAAUGCCGCGCUACCAACGGCAACAUGCCGGGUGGUCGGGGCGUUCUCAGUGGAGUCCUAUCGGUGAACAUUUCGAAUAAGCCCGAGGUGAAUGUCAGACUUGGCGCUGGCCUCAACGCCAGCUACAUCACCGAAGGAGCUGAUGUGUACAUGGAGUGCUCGGUGCUCGCCGCUUCAAGUGUCGCCGAUGUCACGUGGAGUCACGAUGGGCGCGAGCUGGGGACACAACCGGCCGAAGGCGUGGUGCUGACGUCGCGCUACCUGGUGAUUCGCCGCGUUAGCCCCGGUCACACGGGGAGCUACACUUGCCGAGUGACCAGCACUGAGGGCGAGUCUGUCGAGAGCACGCCGCUCUUCUUCCACGUCAGGUAUUCACCGAGAUGCGAGUCCGACGGUGACCAAACAUUCCACGUGGAAAAAGACGAGGCUGUCAAUGUCACCUGCGACGUCCGAGCCGAUCCAAGCGAACCACUGCGCUAUUUCUGGCUGCUGGAGAACGAUGCAGAGGCCGCAAAUAAGACGAGCAAGGAAAGAGGGACACCUUCUCUACAAAAGAGCCCACAAAUUACUUAUUCCGAAAGCCUAACAAUUGUCGCCAAUGCAUCAAUUUUCAACGUUGCCCUCGCCUGCUGGGCAGAGAAUGCUGUGGGGACGCAGAGAAAGCGGUGUCGUUUCAAGUUCUCACCUAAGGGUGAGAACUCCGGCUUAGUGUGCAUCGUCGGCAACUACACAGACACCUCGUUCUCGCUGACUUGUUCGGUGGUACUCGUCAGCGAUACAACUUCACAGCGACUCCGAGUCGACGUGUUCGACACAGGGCAGAGCAACCGCUCCGAGCGCAGCUUGUGGAGCCGAGAUAUGGGUCCUAUAUUUGUUACUAGGCUGCACCCUGCCACCGACUACCUGGUCACGGUUCGAAUGCAUUCGCAGGCAACCUUCAGCACUUACGUCCGCACACUCAGCCCAGCCCAGACACUGGUUGGUCAAGGAGACUUCCAGAAGACGACUCUGCGGAGACGUUGGACGCUCACCCUGAGCAUCGUGGUGCUGGCGAGUGGCUUGGCCUUCACUUUGGUGGCGUUUCUAACCGGGUACCUGAUUGGAGGGUGA